UCCUUUAUUUAACAUCAGCGAUGAAAAUCGUGAAGAAACGAGUGGCCUGCCCACAGACUGUACAACACAUCUGGGAGGCUAUUUUAUACAUCAGGCAACAGAAACAAAUCCCCAACUUUAAUCGUAUAUCUAGCUACAUGCGACGUAAGUACAACUUAAAAGGAAAUGAACUGGAACAACAGCUGGAUUUUGCCGUUAGAGAUAAACUGGUGGUGAUAAAGACGAGUAUAGGAUGCAAAGGCUCCAAAGUUGGUGUUGAACAGAAUGGAUACAGACUACCUGAUGAUACAGGGGAACCAGACAGUCAUGACUGGUUCUGUUUCGAAUGUCAUCGUGGUGGAGAAGUGAUGCAGUGUUCAUCUUGUCACCGAGUUUAUCACACCGUCUGUAUUAAAGAGGACAUAUCUGAUAAAUUUGUCUGUGGUGUUUGUAAGACUUUGAAGAACAAGGAUCUUUUGAAAAUAAAGAAAGAAGAUUUAAACACUCUACUCAGCUACACCUGCUUAAGGUUAAAAGAAAAAACACGAGAACUUCAUAAGAUGCCUCAGACAGAGGACGACCGUUGGAAACAGUCUCAUCUUAUUCAUACAAAAAUGGACUUGAUUACUAUGGAAGAAAAGACACGUAUCCAUAGUUACAAAAGUCUUGAAGAGUUUGAAGUCGAUGCACGGAACAUUGUUCACAAUGUUGUCAUCUAUUAUGGAGUUAAUAGUGUAAUGGCAGAUGUGGCAAGGCAGAUGUUACGAGACUGUAUCUACGAUUUGGCGGAGAUUCGUCAAUGUAAAGAUUGUUAUCGCAUGUCCAAUGAAAAGCUAGACAAACUUUGGUUUUGUCAACCUUGUAAUCCCCCUCAUGAAUUGGUUUGGGCAAGACAGAAAGGAUUUCUUUACUGGCCAGCCAAAGUGAUAAAGCAGGAAAAUGGGGUGUAUGAUGUCAGGUUUUUUGGAGGAUAUCAUCAGAGAGCCAAUGUUGAAAAUGAAAACAUCAAACCAAUUAACACAAGUUUACAACAGCUUUCUGUGAAACGUACAGCUUCUCUCAAUAAAGCUCUGGACGAACUGAAACGUCAUCAAGAAAUGGUAGAGAAACAAAAAAAGAAUCUUCAGGCCAGCUCUCUUCCUCCUCCAUCUUCGUUGAGUUACUCUCAGUCUAGAUUGACUCCCCGAUCAGGAGCAAGAGUAAGGAAACAUUCUGGUAUGUUCUGUGUUGGCUGUGAGAGCACAGAACCCCAUGGAGAGUCCAGAUAUGAACAUCAUAAUUCAGAAGAUGAAGUUCCAUCUUCAUCAUCUCAGAAGAUGGCAAGGAUUCAAGAAGCUGCAUCACCUGAUGAUAACAAUGUUGUAUCAUCAUCCAGUCAGGAGUCACCAUUAGCUAAAGUUUCAGUUUGUACACAGACUCCAAAAAAGCUUUUAAGUGGUUUACUACCUAAAGGUGGGUCCGAGAAACCAGACGGUAAAUCACUGUGUGAUAGUUGUGCCUGUAGCAACAACUAUAGCAAGCUUCUUAAAGAUUUUAAAGAGAGACUUGAAAAUGACUACAAGGAAGAGAAAGAUCGAGCAGUUCGAGAACUAGCUGACAAG